GAUAGCGAAAGAGAGAGAUCCUGUCUCUGUUGCAAGGGCAGAGAAGGAGAUGUAUAUGGGAGCGGAGGCGCUUCAAUCAAAUAUCCGAUUGCUGAAAUGCGCAGAAGCACCGCUGCAGCUGCGUUCAGCGUUGACUGAGCGGAGAGAGGGGAGGGGAGAAAAAACGGAGAGAGCGAGCGAGCAGCGUAGACGCAGUGGGACACGGAGUCAGAGAAGACUACACCGACGCACAUAGCCACACAACAAAUAAACAGAGAAUCUACUCGAAAUUGCGCGUCAACGAGCCCGACCCGAGCGGUGUGCGUGCGAAACCCUUUUCACCAUGGAGACUGCGGUGAAAACACAAUCUAAAAUGUGAGAUUUACGAAGGCAAUCAGAAGAGAGCGAGAGAGUGGCUUUACCCCCUUUUCUUGAGCUGGUGAUUUCAAUUCUGUGCUCCGUCGUCGUCGCAGUGUUUCUGGGGUAAAAUGAAGAAGUUUAACAUCAGGAAGGUACUGGACGGCCUAAAGGAGCAAGCGUCUUCCUCGGCUUCCUCUGGCCAGUCGUGCACCCAGGAGAACAAUUUGAUGCAGGAGACCCUUCAGUCCGAGAAUUUUCAACUCUGCAAGACUGUCCGUCAUGGCUUCCCCUAUCAGCCGUCGUCCAUGGCUCAUGACCCAGUCCAGAAGAUCCUGGCCAUUGGGACCCAGAGUGGGGCCCUCCGACUGUUUGGUCGUCCAGGUGUUGAGUGCUACUGUCAACAUGAGAGUGGAGCCGCUGUCAUCUCGCUACAGUUUCUCAUCAAUGAGGGGGCGCUGGUGAGUGCUCUGGCAGAUGACAGCGUGCACCUCUGGAACCUGAGGCAGAAGAGGCCCGCCAUCCUCCACUCACUCAAGUUCAACAGAGAGAGGAUCACGUUCGUCCACCUGCCCUUCCAAAGUAAAUGGCUGUACAUCGGCACAGAGAAAGGAAACAUCCACAUCGUCAACGUGGAGUCCUUCACACUCUCAGGCUACGUCAUCAUGUGGAACAAAGCCAUCGAACUAUCCUCCAAGGCCCACCCAGGUCCUGUGGUACACAUAAGUGACAACCCCAUGGAUGAGGGAAAGCUUAUAAUUGGAUAUGAGUCUGGGAUCGUGGUCCUGUGGGAUCUGAAAUCAAAGAAGGCAGACUACCGGUACACGUAUGACGAGGCGAUCCACUCGGUUGCCUGGCACCAUGAGGGCAAGCAGUUUAUCUGUAGUCACUCAGACGGAACGCUCACCAUAUGGAACAUUAAGGGCCAGGGCAAGCCAUUUCAGACGAUCACCCCACACGGAAAACAGCCCAAGGAUGGAAAGAAGCCAGAGCCUUGCAAACCCAUUCUCAAAGUGGAGUACAAGACCACUAGACUGGGAGACCCAUUUAUGAUCCUGUCUGGAGGUCUGUCUUAUGACACGGUGGGUCGGCGGCCAUGUCUGACGGUGAUGCAUGGGAAGAGUACAGCCGUGCUGGAAAUGGAUUACCCCAUCGUAGACUUCCUCACGCUCUGUGAGACGCCAUACCCUAACGAUUUUCAGGAACCUUAUGCUGUUGUGGUCCUUCUAGAAAAGGAUUUAGUGGUGAUCGACCUUGCACAAAAUGGUUACCCCAUAUUCGAGAACCCCUAUCCACUGACCAUCCACGAGUCUCCUGUGACCUGCUGUGAGUACUAUGCUGACUGCCCUGUGGACCUCAUACCCGCACUUUACUCUGUUGGCUCCAGACAGAAGCGACAGGGCUACAGCAAAAAGGAAUGGCCCAUAAGUGGUGGUAACUGGGGCCUUGGCACACAGAGCUACCCUGAGAUCAUCAUCACUGGGCAUGCUGAUGGGACUGUGAAGUUUUGGGAUGCUUCUGCAAUAAUGCUCCAGGUACUAUACAAGCUGAAGACGGCCAAGGUGUUUGAGAAGAGCAGGAAUAAUAAGGAGGAAAAGCAGAACACAGAGAUUGUGGAUGAGGACCCGUUUGCCAUCCAGAUCAUGGCCUGGUGUCCUGAGAGCAGGAUGCUGUGUGUGGCCGGGGUGUCUGCCAACCUCAUCAUAUACCGCUUCAGCAAGCAGGAGAUCACCACUGAGGUUGUACAGCUGUUGGAGGUGCGUUUGCAGUACGAGGUGAAUGACAUGGAGUCCCCUCCAGAGGGGGGAGGAGGGGGUGACCGCGGUGGCGGGGGGGACCGUGACCUGCCCACCCCCGGAGCAGCCUCACCCAGCCCCCAGACCACCGGACCCCCGACACACCCCUCCACCAGCAGCAACUCCUCUGACGGGGUUCGAGACAACGUACCCUGCCUUAAGUAUGCACCCUGCACCACCACCGGGUCACAUACAGUACUUACCAUACACACACAUUCCCUCUCUGCAACAAAGUGGGCCUUGGGGAAACACCACUUGGCUACCCACCCACAGGCAAUCCAACUGGGUCGGGAGCUACCCCUCCUCUUCCUCUCUCUUUCUUUCUCUCCCUCUCCAUCUCUCUCUGUCUGUAGGGUGCGUAGUACCCCUUUAAAGCAGUCUCCAGGAUACCAGGUAGAGUUGGUGGUGCAGCUGGUGUGGGUGAGUGGAGAGCCCCCCCAACAGAUCACAAGCCUGGCCCUCAACUCCUCCUACGGACUGAUUGUGUUUGGGAACAGUAAUGGUCUGGCGGUGGUGGACUACCUCCAGAAGACAGUGCUGUUGAACCUGGGGACAGUGGAGCUGUAUGGGUCUAACGAUCCCUACCAGAGACAGCCUCGCUCUCCACGCAAGACACGCCAGCCUUCCGGAGGUCUGUGUGAUAUCAACGAAGGCUCUGCCUCGGAGGACCGCUGCAAAUCCCCCACUUCAGUGUUGGCGUUAAACCAUCAGCAAUUCUACAAUGGAAGUGGGGGUAGAGGAGCAAAGAUGUCACGGAAAUUAAGCUUGCCUACUGAGCUAAAGCCAGACUUGGUCCUCCUGUCUGUAUGUCCUCCACGGGGCGCCAACCCACUAGACCACCGGGACAACUCCUUCAGCCGUUCACGCUCCUCCUCCGUCACCUCCAUUGACAAGGAGGCACGCGAGGCCAUCACCUCCUUCCACUUCUGUGAGACAUUCGCUCGGAAGGGGGACAGCACCAUCACACCCUGCCUGUACGUGGGCACCUCCCUGGGCACAGUGCUGGCUGUGGCCCUCAACUUGCCUCCUGUUGGGGAACAGAGGCUACUCCAGCCCGUUAUCGUCUUGCCUUGCGGUACCCUGGGGCGUCUGAAGGGCAGUAUCCUGAGGAUGGCCUUCCUGGACAACACGGGCACCUUCCUUCCCCCUGCCUUUGAGCUGUGGUACGAGCCCAACGCCGUGGGCGCCGACAGUGAGGAGCGAGACAAAGCCCGUAAACGCCGCCCGGUCUCUGUGUCGCCCUCCACCUCCCAGGAGCUGCAGGAGAGCCAGUAUGCGGUGGUGUGCUCUGAGAAACAGGCUAAGGUCAUAGCACUGCCCUCUCAGAACUGCAUAUUCAAACACAGCAUCACAGAGACAUCGUUCGUCCUGAGGGCUGACGUGGUCCAGAUGAACAUAGGGAACUGUGUGGCCUGUUUUUGUGCUAACGGACACAUCAUGACCCUCAGUCUGCCGGGUCUGAGACCGUUGCUUGAUGUAAACUACCUGCCGCUGACAGACAUGCGGAUAGCCCGGACCUUCUGCUUCACCAACCUGGGCCAGGCCAUGUACCUCACCUCCCCCACUGAGAUACAGAGGAUCACAUACAGCCAGGAGACCUGCGAGAACCUGCAGGAGAUGCUAGGAGAACUGUUCACACCAGUGGAGACUCCGGAGGCUCCCAACCGAGGAUUCUUCAAGGGCCUUUUUGGGGGAGGAGCAACUUCCCUGGACAGAGAGGAGCUAUUUGGUGAGACGCAGGCGGGUAAAGCAUCUCGUGGCCUUGCCCAGCACAUCCCAGGUCCUCAGGGCCUGGAAGGCAUGAAGGGGGCAGCCUCGGGCGUGGUGGCGGACCUGGCACGUGCCCGGAUAGCGCUGGACGAGAGAGGGCAGAAACUGGGCGAGCUGGACGAGAGGACGGCCGCCAUGCUGGCCAGCGCAGACUCCUUUGGCAAACACGCCCACGAUAUGAUGCUGAAGUGCAAAGACAAGAAGUGGUACCAGUUCUGAUCUGAAAGAGGGGAGCAGAGCCAAAGGGACACUGCUUCAUCUGGACUCUACAUGCCCCCCUCCUCCAUCUCUCCUUCCUUCGCUGGACACGUGGGAUACUCUCCAUCUCUCAUUCCAUACCUCCUUCCAUCUCUCCUUCCUUCGCUGGACACGUGGGAUACUCUUCCCUAGCACAAUGUUGUAUACUGUAUUUACCUCAGUCAUAAGGUUUCAUAUGAGGAACGGACUAGAGAGAAGGACAAAUUGUUAUCUUUGGUUUGUUUGUUUUCCCCUCUGUGGCCUGCCAGUUGGUUAGAGCUCUGGGGUUCCCUCAUCCUCAUUCGCCAAAUUGUUCUGUGCCGUCGUCUCUGCUCCAAACAACCCGGGGCCAGUAUACUAAAGACAAAAACAGACACAUCUGAGAAAAAAAUUAACAAUGAAGAAAAAACAACUCAAAAAAAAAAUCUCAAAAUGGAAAAAGAGGAAAAAAGAAAAUAUAUAUAUAUAUAUAUACAUACAUAUUUAUAUAUAUAUACAUAAUUAUAUAUACAUAAAUCUAUAUAAAAUGAUCAACGCUGUAUUCACUUCCGACUGUCAAGUGCAAAACAACAAGAGAAGAACUUCACAGGUGGAGCGAAACUGGUGGUGGGCAUAAGAAGCUCUACUCAAAGUCACAGGAUGUGUUGUCAUAGUGACAGCCGGCUCUAUGCAGAGAGUUGCAGGAUAAAAAAAGCAAGUCAUUCCAAUGUACACUGGAUCCUCUCUCCUUAAUCCAACUAGACUCUCCUCAUCAUUUCGAUUCACUGUUUUCGUAUUGUUCCCAACUGUAUUAUACAUGUAUUAAUUUCUUUCCUCUUGUUUAUCGUUUAUUUUAUGCUCAGUCUGUUUUACUUGAAAUCUGUUUUUAUUUGUUCUUAGUUGUUGUGAACGUUGUGAAUUAUGAUAUAUUUUGAUUUGGUAAUAUGGCCAGUAUGUUUUGUGGCUUUGGCAAACUCCCAUUAAUUGAUCCUUAUAAAAAGGGCUGGAUUCAAAAAGAAGGCAUGGAUAUAAAAUACAUAGAUUUAUCAUUCAGAUCAGUACACGUCACCAUAAAUAAUGUGUCAUAUCAGGUAUCACACACAUCAGAAAUCUAGAAGCAAGAUCAGAACUCUAGAAGCAAGACUGUCAGUGUCUCCUCUCCCUGAAGUGUUUAAUUUGACAUGUAAAUGCUACCAUCCCCCCUGACCUCAUCAUGCCAUUAACAUCUACUACAGUUUGGCUUUAAUAAUGACUCUGUGUGAAUUAUGUCAGUGUUACAGUAGGCCUAUACACUGCUAGUGUAUCCACACCUAUUGGAUUGGUUUUCAGGAGUAAUACUGUAUGGACAUGUAAUCCUGAAGUGCACGUAAACUUGGAGAUUACUACAGUAUAUACACAUGGGAAGAAAACCUAUUUGUGUGUGUUCAUAUAUGCAGGAAUAUAUAUGUUCAUUCAGGCGAAGUCA